AGAUGUAAGUUGAGCACUAGAUCUAGUUCUCCCAGGCCCUCAACACUCAACUCUCAAUAAAAUUUUUUCCAAGAAUGAUGUCAACAGAAAGCGCCAACAGUUUCACGCUGAUCGGAGAGGCGUCAGAUGGUGGCACAAUGGAAAACCUCAGCCGGAGACUGAAGGUUACCGGUGACCUCUUUGACAUUAUGUCUGGGCAGACAGAUGUGGAUCACCCUCUGUGUGAGGAAUGCACAGACACUCUGCUAGACCAACUAGACACGCAGCUCAACAUCACAGAGAACGAGUGCCAGAACUACAAGAGAUGUCUGGAGAUACUGGAACAGAUGAACGAGGAUGAUAAGGAGAAACUGCAAACAGAACUGAAAGAACUUGCACUGGAGGAAGAGCAACUGAUUCAGGAGCUAGAAGAUGUUGAGAAGAACCGCAGGAUUGUGGCUGAAGACUUCGAGAGAGUCAGGGCAGAGGCAGAGCAGCUGGAGCAGGAAGAAGCUCAGUAUCAGAAAGAAUACUGUGAAUUCAAGAGGCAACAACUGGAGCUAGAUGAUGAGCUGAAAAGUGUGGACAACCAAAUGCGCUAUGCUCAAAUGCAGUUGGAUAAAUUAAAGAAAACCAAUGUGUUCAAUGCAACCUUUCACAUCUGGCACAGUGGUCAGUUUGGCACAAUAAAUAACUUCAGACUUGGCCGUCUCCCCAGUGUUCCUGUAGAAUGGAAUGAGAUCAAUGCUGCCUGGGGGCAGACUGUGCUCUUGCUACAUGCCCUUGCUAACAAAAUGGGCCUGAAGUUUCAAAGAUACCGUCUUGUACCAUAUGGCAACCACUCGUAUUUAGAGUCCCUCACGGACAAAUCGAAGGAGCUCCCCUUGUACUGUUCUGGAGGCCUACGGUUCUUUUGGGACAAUAAGUUUGAUCAUGCAAUGGUGGCUUUCCUGGACUGUGUGCAGCAAUUUAAAGAGGAGGUGGAAAAAGGCGAAACUCGGUUUUGUUUGCCUUAUAGGAUGGACGUGGAGAAAGGAAAGAUUGAAGACACAGGUGGCAGUGGUGGCUCUUACUCUAUUAAAACACAAUUUAACUCUGAGGAGCAAUGGACGAAAGCACUAAAAUUUAUGUUAACUAACCUGAAGUGGGGUCUUGCUUGGGUCUCAUCCCAAUUCUAUAACAAGUAACCAUGUAAAGAACUCGUUCUGGAAGCUGUGGAAUUAUCUGCGUUUCGUUGGAGAAAGUCAAAUUAAGAUGUCAUUUAACAUUAACCAGUACAAAAUGUUUACAAUACCAAAAAUCCACAUGACACUUUAUUUUAAAUACCAUUAUUACAAUUAGUAUAUGGAAAAGCAAUAUGUAAAGCUAUUGAGCUGAACAGAAUUAAAAAAAAGCAGCUAUUCAAUAGAUGCAAAACUGGUAAUUUGGGGUUUAUAGAUAUGCGUAUAAAUUACUGUCGAACUUCAAAACACCAAUGAGUUUGAUACUACUCUGUUAUAGCUUAACACACAGGUUAGAAAAGCAAAAUGUUACAAACACAGGGAAUAAUGUAGAAGCACUCACAGAAGCUCUGCUUGGUUAUUAAAGAGUAACCACAGUUUGAAAUAAAAUAUUUUCUAAGUCAU